AGGAGAUGACCAGAGACUGCGGACACAGUACAGGAGAUGACCAGAGACUGCGGACAUAGUACAGGAGAUGACCAGAGACUGCGGACAUAGUACAGGAGAUGACCAGAGACUGCGGACACAGUGCAGGGGAUGACCAGAGACUGCGGACACAGUGCAGGAGAUGACCAGAGACUGCGGACACAGUGCAGGGGAUGACCAGAGACUGCGGACACAGUGCAGGGAUGACCAGAGACUGCGGACACAUUGCAGGGAUGACCAGAGACUGCGGACACAGUGCAGGGGAUGACCAGAGACUGCGGACACAUUACAGGGAUGACCAGAGACUGCGGACACAGUACAGGGAUGACCAGAGACUGUGGAUAGUACAGGGGAUGACUGCUGACCUUUGGGGAGAAGCCGGGAAGACCGCGCCGCUGGAUAGAGGAAUGGGUAAGAUGAAA